AAAUUUAGUGUGAAGUGAAACUUUAAAUUAGAGCUCAGUCAUGGGAGUAGUUUUAAGCUAUUCCCUUCCUCUCCUUUUCUUAACUCUGUGUGCCACCGCAAACCUUCUCAUUCCUGCAGUUAACGGAGAAGUAGAUUGCAUGAAAUCUAAAGUAGAUUGCACGAAAUCUAAAGUACCUUGCCCGAAAUCUAAAAAGUCCACCCUCUUGAUCGUUUUCGGCGACUCAUUCUUUGAUGUUGGCUACGGUAGUAAUGAACUUUGUCUUCCAUCUAGUUUCCAACCAUAUGGGAAAUCACUUGACCCGGCGGCUCCCACUGGAAGAUUCUCGGAUGGUCUUGUAGUACCUGAUUAUAUUGCCAAAUACUUACACCUGGCCGAUGAUGAGGGCAAAGUUGCUGCAUACAAGAGGUGCUUAGAUAUCCAAGAAACAUUACAAGGCCAAUGCAAAGGAUGUGCAAGUUUGAGCUUCGCCAUGGCCGGAGCAGGUGUCACGCUAAGCGCACAUAAGUCGAAAUCACUGACGGAUCAAGUACAGAUUUUCAUCAAUAACUCGCCAAAGUUAUUUGUUGAUUACGGAGCGAAAUUCGUAGAUGAGCGAGAUCAAACUCUCUACUUAUUUUCAAUAGGGACAUACGAUUAUCUUUCCAAUCUUCAGAACAUAAAAAAUGAGCAAGAUGUUCAAGAAAAAGCAGAAGAGGUUACAGCAGCAAUAGUGAAGCAAGUUAAGGAAAUAGCAGAACGUCAGGGUGUGAAUGGAAAAAGAUUUGCGUUUAUGAGCGUUGCACUACGCUAUUUGCCAGUUGUGCAAAAAGCAUAUUACAAGGACCAAUCGCGACUGAACUUGCUUGAUGAACUGGAAAAUACCCACUGUAGCAAACUUGAAGAGAAAUUGGCAAAAUUAGCUCAAGAGCGCAAGGCUACUUGUCAGGGUUGCAUUAUCGACUAUUCAAUACUGAAAUACCACCGCAUAAUCAGGGCUAUAAUGGAGGCACCUGAAAGUUAUGGAUUCGAUGAGACCACAGUUAUGCUUUCAUGUUAUGGUGAUGGAUUCUAUCAUGCAGACGAUUGUGGCCAUUCCGAUGAGAGGGGCUGCAAUUGUGGCCAUUCCGAUAAGAGGGGCUGCGAUUUUGGCCAUUCCAAUAAGAGGGGCUGCGAUUGUGGCCAUUCCGAUAAGAGGGGCUGCGAUUUUGGCCAUUCCAAUAAGAGGGGCUGCGAUUGUGGCCAUUCCGAUAAGAGGGGCUGCGAUUGUGGCCAUUCCGAUAAGAGGGGCUGCAAUGACCCUUCUGCUUAUGUGUUUUGGGAUGGUAUGCAUAACACUCAGCGUAUUAAUCAGAAAAUAGCUCAGUUUUUUUGGAAUGGACCCAAAAGUAUGACGGCUCCUCAAAAUUUGCAGACUUUAGCUGGUACUCAAAAACCACAGUUCGAUUUCUCUGUCAAUGCUAAUGAAUUAAUUAGGAUUUGACGGAAGGAUUGGACUAAGACAAAAGUUACUGGGACUAAGGAAAAAGUAACUUGCAAAUCUUAGUAAUUAAGAUGCGUGUUCCACCAAGCUCUUGGUUAAUCGUCUCCACUACAAAGUAUCCUAAAUAAGAUACGAUCUCUACUUUUAUAGAUUGAUGGUUGUUUGUCCGUCUAUCCAACUCAUGUAUUGUAUAUUAUUUGUUCUGACCAAACAAUGUGCCUUGUAUCAUUGCCUUAAUGUGUGACUCAUAUUAUUGCUUUAAUGUGUGACUCUUUCAUUUCUUUCUUUUAAUUCAAAACUUAAUCAAUUAUGGUGAAAACA